UCAGAAGAGUUCAGUCGGUUUUCGCCGCCUGACUUGACUUUUUACGCUUAUUACGAGUUGAUUUGUCAAAAUAUUUGGGUGCCACGUAUUUCUCAAGGUAUUUUCUGCAAAUAAUACUGAAAGAGGCACUUAUUAGACGAGAUGGGAGCUGGGCAGAGCAUUGAGGUUCCCGGUGGUGGUACAGAAGGAUAUCACGUACUGAGGGUACAAGACGGCUCGCCUGGCCAGAAGGCCGGCCUCGAAUCAUUUUUCGAUUUUAUUGUUGCUAUAGGGAAUACAAGACUCGACCAAGACAACGAAACCUUGAAGGAGCUGUUGAAGAUUAACACGGACAAACCCAUAAGGAUGACUGUCUACAGCAGCAAAACGCAAUCGGUUCGGGAGGUAUCGAUUACGCCUAGCUCGAAUUGGGGGGGACAAGGCCAGCUGGGAGUGAGCAUACGGUUUUGUUCAUUUGAAGGCGCAAACGAGAAUGUUUGGCAUGUCUUGGAGGUGCAUCCCUCGUCUCCAGCCGAGCAAGCUGGUCUGCGGGCGUUUACAGAUUACAUUAUUGGAGCUGAAGCAAUCCGACACGAGAGCGACGAUUUAUUCACUUUGAUUGAAACUCAUGAGGGCCAGGCUUUGAAAAUGUACGUGUACAACGUUGAUGACGACGCUUGCCGUGAAGUUACGCUCAAGCCGAAUUCGAAGUGGGGCGGCGAAGGAAGCCUUGGAUGUGGAAUCGGCUACGGUUACUUGCAUCGCAUUCCAGUCAGAGCGCUGCCUGAGGAAUCGAAAAGUUUAUUAAAAAGUCCUGUCAUACCGGAUGUACCACAAUCAACGGAGCUCCAGGCGCCGGCCAGCCUAGCUAACACGACCGUAAGCCCAUCAUUUCCUUACGUGCCACCAUUGACGAAUACUUUCACCACCACACCUACCACCAUGCAAACAUCAGUUCCGCCACCAGCAGCACUACCGGUUUCAGUGACGAGUCAAGCUUUCUCUACUCCAUCGACUGACACCAGUUCAGUUCCUGCGAAUGAACCAAUCAUGUCAACAACAACUGGAACUACGAUGGCGACCACAUCUGGUUCACUUUUUGGAACAACCGAUAGUACGAAAGAAUUAUUACCACCCACUAGCAUCCCCGGUGCAACACAGUCAGCGCCGUCGAAUUCAGAGUCAGUGUCUAAUGUAAAUACAAAUAUCGUAAACAAUGCACAACCGCCAUCGGUCCCUGCGAUUCCCAUGUUCUCCCCACAACAGUUUUCGCAUUUACCACCUCCGUCCUCGCUCCCUAAUUUGCCGGGUUUCGACACUACUCCAUCUUACAACACAGCUACACAGGUGAACAACCCAGCUUAUCUUAGUUACCCAGCCGCGAUGAUUCAGCAGCCACAACAGCCCGGUCAGCCGCAAUCUGGCAAUGUAAAUUUCCCUCAACCUCAUAUGCAGACUUAUUCAUCGUAUCCGCAAGUUCAACAAGUUUCUGUUCCAAUAUCUUUACCUGGAAUGCCCGCCAUUACCGUUAAUACCACAAUACCGACACAAACGCUGCAAUCUUUUCAAUAUCAAAAUUUAACAUCUCAUCAGAAUUGAUCAAAUUUCCAAAAAAGUAAUUUUUUAGCGGGAAUAAGAUGGAGCUUGGUAGCGGGAUUUAAAAAAAUGAAUAUAGAUAUUAUGAGAGAAAAAUCGCAAUUUUUACUACUGAAGCUACACGAAACCCAUUUUAAAUGUUAAGAACACCAACAAACUGAACUAUAACAAUUAUCUUAGAAGAAAAAUUUAUAACCAACUAUAUAUUUAUGGCGAUUCGUGUUAUGUAAAUUAAAACUAAACAAAUUAUAGAAAUGCUUUCAAUAAAGACAAUUGUAAGGCA